UGUGUUCAAUGAACAGGGAAAACAAAAAGAAAAAAAGAAAAAAGAAAAAAGAAAAAAAUAAUUCAAUGAACGAAAAAGGCCAAAAAAGAAAAAAGGAAAAAAGAAAAUGGAUUAAAUUGGAUUAGGAUUGAGAGAGAGUCCUAUUCGUCUCAUCUACGUGCUCUAUACGUGUUUCUGUAUUUGAUUCUUUCUAGGGUUUCGUUAUCUGACUUCGAUCAUUCGGACGAUCAACGACCCUUCUCUCCGUGUUCAAAUCUUUCUGAGAAUGUAACAGAGAUGGCGAAUGGGUGGGCAGUGUUAUCAAAGGUCCAAGGUGCUAGAGCUCCUUUGGGGUUCGGGCAUGAGGCGCAAGUUCAAACGUUUUAAGUUGCUGCUACAUCAUGGACAACUUCACCAAAGGACUCUUUAUUUCAUGUGACAUACCCAUGGCACAGUUUAUCAUCUACUUGAACAAUAUGCUUCCCAAACCACAGAAGUUCAUCAUAGAUGUCUUGGAUAACACUCACUUGUUCGUGCAGCCCCAUGUGGGUGAAAUGAUACAAAACGUGGUUGCAGAUUUCAGAAACCGGAAUUCAUACGAGAAGCCUGCUUAAUUUAGCUUUUCCAGAAUCCCAUCUUUCAUUUCUGAAAUGCACAUAGCAACAGAUAGAUUAUACCUCUUCUUUUUUCUAGUUUGUUAAUAUUCCUUUUGCAUUUGUAUGAGUUACGAAUUACAGUUCAUGUUAUCCGAGCAAGUUGAUGUAUUUUUAGUUAGAAAUGGUCGUGGAUUGAAUUAACUGCAAAUGUAAGCCUAACGUCUUUUCAUUUGAGAAGUAUGGUUCAGAUGGAAUUUCGUGCCCUAA